AUGUCGUUGAUCAGCGCUACAACUGCUGCUGUAAGAAACAGCCCGAGAGAAAUCUUCAACUGGUAUUUGUUUCUAUGUACAUGGAUAUGGAGCUUCUCAGGGGUUGCGAAAGGCUUUGACGAAGGCAACAUUGCCUCUCUCGUCACCAUGGCAGCCUUCAAAGAACGGUUUGGAAUCGACCAUCAAUCCGAAAGCGAGUACUCGAAUACAAAGGGCUGGAUCGUUGCAAUUGCUACCGCUGGUGCCGUGCUCGGGUGUUUGGCUUGUGUCAAACUGACGGAGAGACUUGGGCGAAGGACAACCAUGCAAGUCUUCACAGUUAUCUACAUCGCCGGCAUUCUGGGUCAAACAUUUUCGUCUGGUAGCAUGGCAGGUCUCUAUGUUUCCAGAAUCAUUUCUGGUGUAGGCAUUGGAGCUACUACGGUGUUGCCACCAGUCUACAUAUCCGAAAUCGCCCCUCGUUCAAUUCGCGGUCUUCUUACACUUCAAUACACUUGCUGCCAACAACUCGGCGUGGUUUUCGGAUUCUUCUUCAAUUAUGGCAUCACCAAGCACUACGCCGGAUCCCAAGUCCAGUGGCAACUUCCCACGGCCCUGCAAAUUGCUCCCGCUAUCAUCUGGGGACUCGGGACGUUCUUUACACCAGAGUCUUCUCGCUUCUUGCUCUCCCGCGGAAAGUCAUCCGAAGCUCUCAAGGUUCUCUGUGACUUUAGAAAGCUUCCUGCAGAUCACCCAUACGUGCGGGAUGAGUUUCGGGCUAUGGAAGCUCAGUUAGAACACGAGAUGGAAAUUGUCUCGGGUGCUUCGGUUUGGGAUCUUGCCAAAGAGACAUGGACCGACAUGCCAAACCGACGACGUUUUGUUCUCAUGUUUCUCGCCCAUUUGUUCUCUCAGUGGAGCGGAGCUAACGCCAUUACUCAGUACAGUCCUUCAAUAUUUGGGUACCUCGGAAUUCAGGGCGAGGAGGGCCGUCUUCUUGCUACUGGCGUGUAUGCGAUCCUCAAAUUCGUUUCGGUUCUGAUCUUUUCGGUCUUCGUCAUCGACUUUAUCGGCCGAAGAAGGUCUUUGAUCACCGGUAUCACCCUUCAGAUUACUACGUUACUCUUUGUGGGAGUUUAUCUGAAGGUCACCAACGGUCGUAGCCCCUCGGAUAUCUCAGCAGACCCAACAGCUCGCAGGGCCAGUGAGGCCGCUAUUGCUGCUAUCUACCUGCACGCGAUCGCGUGGUCUAUCGGAUGGUUUUCCAUUCCGUACCUUCUGGCCACAUCCCCGAACGACUACGUCGACCAUGUGAAGGAGGCCGUCCAUCUUUACCAACAAGUUAUCGGUGAUAAUGACUUCUCGCCGUCGGAGCGAGGCAACUUGCAGAAAAUGCUCACCGCUGCGGAAAAGGCUUUGCACGAGGCGCGUAUCGAUCAAGUGGCCAUCAACAGUGAGGUGCAGAAAGAACUUGACAGCGGCAAGACCAUGUCCCCUCUCCGCUAUGCUGAGAUGCAGGAGCUUUUCGACUGGGAGCAACGCGCGCAGGUCCCUCUUGGAAGUGAGCACGAAAAUACCCCGUCGUCCCAAAAGAACACUGCCGGAGACAGCCUUUCAACCAACAAGAAGACGGUCCGAAUGGUCCUUACCUCUAGCCAGAGCGUCCCCGAGACCGCUGCUGGUGACUCGCAGCGCACCAACAAUAGCCGGUCUCAGUUGACUGCACUGACCGACUUGGAUGAUGACACGACCACUCUUCCCGACAUUGACAACAUUGUCGAAGUGUUCGAGAAAGUCUCUCAGACUGCCGGCGAAGCCCUAACCUUUACAUUAUCGCUCGCUGACGACGUCGAGCUCGAUGAUGACGAGAGAAAGAGCUUGAUAAAGGAGGCGAGGCUUUCCCUCCGUCAUUGGGCAGUCACUUUGGCAAUGUAUGGACGCAUGAUGUCCAGAACCACCGUCGACAAUUCAUAUGAGCGCAGUCUCGAGAAGCUUGAGGCCACAAGAUGGCACCCUGUCACGUUAUUCCCCGGAUCAUUAUCGGGUCCAGCAACCGUUCCUGGGUUAUCCUCGCAAAAAGAGGCGAUGGUCGAAACUUGUAUGAACACGGGAGAUGUACGAGAGGCGUGGAUCCGUGGCGCAGAAGUUGUCGACAACGUCAACCGGGCUAUUGCACACGGCGACAUGGCUCCAAACAACUCAAUGCGGGGAAAAGAAAAGGACAAGAUGUCGCAGCGUCACAAUAAAGUGAUCGUCAACUCCGACGCCGAUUCGUCGGGCCUUGGUGUAGACCAAGAGGUGGUCGCGGAGCUCCGAGCGAAGUACGAAGAGCUCGUGUUCUUCACUGGAACCUUCAUGGCGGCCAAGGAGAUACCGAGGAGUUCACUGGGCUUGCGAGGAACAUGCAGAGCGCCAUUGAGCGUGGCGAUCGUGAGGCGUUUCGCAGCGACUUGGGGGUCGCUCAAGCGGAAUUCAAUGGUUGACUGA